AUAAUAAUUGCCUUCCGCAUUAUAAUUUAUUUUAUGCAGUUUUUUAAUCGGCUCAAAAGUACUCCCAUUAUUCAUUGUUCAUACUCUGUUUCCUUUAAUUUGAAAAUUUUAAUAGUACUAGUAUAAUUGUUUAUGCAAGCGCUUUGUUGAUAUGGCCUAAUUUGGUUCCUGUAAUUCGUGUUGGCUGAGGCAUUCAACUUUUGAUAUGUGCAUGAUACCGACAAGCGAAAAUGAUGGCAUGAUUGAUGUAAAGGUGUGAAUCAUGAUGCGCGUGACAAGGCAAUCGAACCAAAAUGUAAAAGGUUUCUACCACUUUUACAAAAUUGAGCAAUUUGCUGAAAUGGGGGGUGUCAUUGGAAGGGGAGACUCCCCUAGGCACGGUUCACCAGCAUCAAAGUUAGAGCAGAAGAUGGUCGAAGCCAUGCAGCAGAGGGCGCAACAAGGGACUACCAUGAAAUCCUUCAAUAGUGUCAUCAUGAAGUUCCCUAAAAUUGAUGAGAGUCUGAGAAAAUGCAGGAUUAUCUUUCAACAAUUUGAUGAAGAUUCAAAUGGUGAAAUAGAUCAAGAAGAACUGAAGCAUUGUUUCCAAAAGCUGGAUAUCUCAUUCACAGAUGAGGAGAUAAAAGAUCUAUUUGAGGCAUGUGACAUUUAUGAGCACAUGGGCAUGAAGUUCAAUGAGUUCAUUGUCUUCCUGUGCCUUGUUUAUCUUCUCAACGAUCCAGCUGUGUCAGAAGCAAGAAAAAGAAUGGGACUGGGUAACCUUGAGCCAACUUUUGAGACGCUGGUUGAUUCAUUUGUAUUCUUGGAUAAGAACAAAGAUGGAUAUGUCAGUAAGAAUGAGGUAAUAGAAGCGAUAAAUGAGACCACUGCAGGAGAACGGUCUUCUGGGCGCAUAGGUGUGAAAAGAUUUGAGGAAAUGGACUGGGACAAGAAUGGAACGGUGACCUUCAAGGAGUUUCUCUUUGCUUUUACUCGCUGGGUGGGGCUCGACGAGAAUGAAGACGACGAAGAUGAUGAAUGAGCGCAACUGAAGAUUAGCCAUUCUGAAUAGGCCUCCAGCAGCUUUUCUACUAAGA